GCUCGCCGCGCACACUUCCCCCAUUAUUAAACACUAUGUUCAAAAGGCGCCGGGGGACUUCCCGGAGCCACGGAACCCGCGCCGCCCUCCCGACCGGCCCACGGAGUCCAUGGACCUGAGCGCCGCCGCCGCACUGUGCCUCUGGCUGCUGAGUGCCUGCCGCCCCCGCGAAGGGCUGGAAGCGGCGGCUGUGCUGCGAGUGGCGGGGGCAGGGCAGACCUGGAGACCGGGGGGCGGUGGCGCGGACGGACGGACCCUCGCCCCGGCCACGGGCGCCUCGGCUGUCCAGGCCGCGGUGGUUCCGGGGGCCCGAGCGGCGCGGCGCGCCGCGGGCUCCAGCUUCAGGAACGGCUCAGUGGUGCCGCACCACUUCAUGAUGUCGCUUUACAGGAGUCUGGCCGGGAGGGCUCCCGCUGGGGCAGCCUCCACCUGGGGCCACGACCAUGCCGACACAAUCACCGGCUUCGUAGACCUGGCGACCCAAGACGAUUCGGCAGCCGAGACUGGUCAGAGCUUCCUGUUCGAUGUGUCCAGCCUUCCAGAUGCCGACGAGGUGGUGCGUGCCGAACUCCGCGUGCUGCGCCGCGAAUCUUCAGAGCCAGGCCUUGGCAGAGGGACUUCGCCGCCGCUGCUGCUUUUAUCCACGUGUCCGGGAGCAUCCCGCUCACCAAGCCAGCUGCACUCCCGUGCAGCUGAGCCUCUGGACGGCCGGCGGUGGGAGGUGUUCGACGUGGCUGACGCCGUGCGGCACCACCGCCAGGAGUCCCGCGCCACCCGCGCGCUCUGCCUCUUGCUCCGCGCAGUGGUCGGUCCCGCCCGGAGUCCAAUGGCACUGCGGCUGCUGGGCUUCGGCUGGCGGGGCGGAGGCGGCGCUGCGGCUGAGGAGCGCGCGCUGCUAGUCGUCUCCUCCCGCACGCACAGGAAGGAGAGCCUGUUCCGAGAGAUACGCGCCCAGGCCCGCGCACUCGGGGCCGCUCUGGUCGCAGAGUCGCCGCCCGACCUGGGACCCGGCAAUGGGCCAUCGAGGAUAGUCAUGGGCGGCCGCAGGCGGCGGCGGACGGCGCUGGCUGGGGCGCGGGCCGCGCAGGGCAGCGGCGGGGGCAUGGGCCGGGGCCACGGGCGCAAGGGCCGGAGCCGUUGUAGUCGCAAACCGCUCCACGUGGAUUUCAAGGAGCUAGGCUGGGAUGACUGGAUCAUCGCGCCGCUGGACUACGAGGCUUACCAUUGCGAGGGCGUUUGCGACUUCCCGCUGCGCUCGCACCUCGAGCCCACCAACCACGCCAUCAUUCAGACUCUGCUCAACUCCAUGGCGCCAGACGCGGCGCCGGCUUCCUGCUGCGUGCCUGCACGCCUCAGCCCCAUCAGCAUCCUUUACAUCGACGCCGCCAACAACGUGGUCUACAAGCAGUACGAGGACAUGGUGGUGGAGGCCUGCGGCUGCAGGUAGCAUGCGGCCCGGGGAAGGGGCAGCCGCGCCGCCAAGGACUCCUGCUGAAGAGCAGCUUCGGGCCGGGUCUGUCACCGAGCCCGGGUGCGCGCCGGACUCUGGCGCCGUGUCUACCUGAAGGAGCGCACAAGUUCACACUCACACCCACACACUCCUUCACUCACGAACACAUAUGCAGUGCACAGCAGCAUCCGAAAGCGUUGGGGAGAGGGAGACUGCCGCUACUGAAUGUCACAGCCAUGUGUAGUUUGUAAGCAGAUCGCUGUAGCGCCCAUUGUCCCCUUUUGGGAGAGGAGGGAGUUUGUGUUUAUGUUUUGGUAAUCCCCUCUAAAACCCGGGUAGAAACGGGUUAAGACUGGGGGUUCCACAAUGGACGGCCUAAAGGGGCACUGAGUGUUUUUGUCUUCUUUUUGUUUCUGGCCCGGUGGGGGGCGUGGCUCCGCUGGGUGGCUGUGUACCUGGUGUUGCACCCUGGGGCCCCCUGAAGGGUUGCGAUGCCCUUCCUAGAGGUUUGUGUUGCUUGAGGCCUUUUACUCUCAGAAAGCACCGCUGCAAAAGGUAUCCUCUCCCUUUAACUUUUAAAAUUUAAUGUGGCGGUGUCUGAAAGGGCAGUUUUGUCUGAAAGAAUGUGUGGUGGGAGCGGCCCAGAUCCCUGCAAAGGUCAGCACCGCCCUAUUUUUAUCAAUUCCAAUUGAGUGUGAUUUAGAAAGUGGAAAGACUUUUUCUCUUUGGGGGAAAAUGAAACAGGGGAGAGGUUCUAAACUGCAAAGUCGAAGCCCAUGUGGCAAUGGGAGGGGUGAGAUGGGAUGUGUCAGGUUUGGAGACUCUGCACCUACUCAGAAGGAGGCAGUAGCAGUGUCUUAGGGCCAUUGAGAAAGCCGGGACAGCUGCUGCUCUUCCAAGAGACGUUCCAGGAGGGUUUUCCUAAGAAGUUGGCGAAGAUGUUGUCAGGGCUUGAGUUUCCUGGGGCCUGCUCUAGCGGAGGACGAUGGUUUGUCUGCCAAGUAGGCGCAGCCCCCUUCAAAUAGCAUAACCAGAGUGGGCUGGGGUGUCCUGGCGCUUAAUGAUCCAGCCUGCGUGGACUUACACAUGCUUUCUCGGUGUUGCUGAAGUUUUUGGCAGGGUGAUAGUAACGGGAAGUGAAGCCACACAAAAGUGCUUUUGUCAUAUUUAAACUCACAGCCCAGACCUUCAGAGCAGGAGGAAGGUCACCUCCUCUGCUCCUUGCUUGGUUCCCCUGUGGUUCCUUCUGGAAGGCAGGGCCUUGGUGUGGGCGGAGCAGAGGUACCAGAUUGUCUCCUGGUUCCCGAAUUUUGCCUAGAAGAGUUAUUGAUGGUAGGAUGUUUUUUUUUUUAUGUAAAAGUGAGCUCCAGCAUGCCAGCCUUCAUUGUGUCUGUAAUUUGUUCAUGCCCAGAAGUUCUUUGUGUCUUUUUGUCAAUGGUCAGCAGAGAAAGAGAAGCUGGCCUCCACUUGCCAGGGGCUCCCAGGGCUGCUUUGGAACACCUGGAUUCCUCCUGAUACUGUUGUUUAACGUUGUGCUGGCUUUCCUUUUUAGGGGCCUUGGUUAGGCAUUAAUUCUGCUCUUGUCUUGGAUGCUCUUGUCCAGGAAAGUUUAUAUACAUUUUAAUUCUUAGUGGUUCUGUUUUACUCUCUUGAUGAAGAGGAAAGACUAACAAAUUAGAUAUCACUGAUUUAGUUAAAGGUCCCACCUGCAUCCUUUUUAUUCUGUAAAAUUCCCCCCAAGGGAGAAAACCCACAUAUAACUUAUUCUUAAAAUUAAGAUUGUUCCCCUCUUGCAAUGUGAAGUUACAUGCUGCGACAGUGUGCAUAGCCAUAAAUAACCAGAAAAUACAAAGUUUCUUCAGAUUUAAAAAAAAAAAAAAGUCAGAAGUGGCCACUCUGGUACAAUUGCAUUUUAUCUUUUUGACUAGCAAAUAUGGUGCCCAGAUUUAUGGUUUUUUUUCCAGGGAAACUUUCCUCUUUUGUUUUAAAUGAUAAUUUUAAUAGUGAUUGCUCUUAUACCUUUCAUUAUGAAGAUUAAAAAAAUGCACAAAAGUAUAACAGGUUAUAGUAUUAGAAGAUUUAGAAAGGAAGGUAAUAAAAAUCACAUUUCAAUAUUAUUUUGAGGAAAUUUUAGGGUGUUUAAUAUCUCUGGACAAAAGCAAACAUUUUGAUACUUUUUUUAGUGACUAGGAAAAAAAAAUCUUUGGGGUAAGAAAUGUCUUAAUGUAACCUGUGCUUUUUAUGGUAGGGAAAAAGGUAUCCAUCUCCUCUGUCUUCUUGCUGCUGACCUCCUUCUAACAGCAUGUGUCUGGGGUGAUGUAGGAAGUCAGUGUCUCCUUGGCUCUUUCCAGACUGCACCAUGGGGAGAGGUGUUAUCCUUAGACAGCACAGUUCUUUCCAUGGCCUCUGAGGCCCCAGGGUGCUCCUUGGUUUACUGAUAGAGGGAGUGUCUGCUGGGUCUCCCCUGAAGCUUUGUGGAACCACCAUGGUUCAGGGUGCCCACCAGUCUUCAGCUCUGCCCAGCCUUCUGUCUCCUCAGAGUCCAUUCUCUAGAGGUUGUGUUUCCCUGUAUACAAAUGACAGUAAAAGGGCCACCAUAUGUGGGGUGGCCAGUUUUCUGCUGCUAGGAUGUGGUUAAAUUAGCUUUGCCAAGAUGUGGAGAAAAGCAUUCUGUGAGUGCAUUUGGGAGCACCCUGUGCCAUCUGUCCUGUAGGUGGUGGGGAAUAGGCUGGGUCACCAGCGUAAAACCCAGUUGCUCUGCUUGAGUCCUCAGCUGGAAUCUCCAGACAUCACUGUGGGGAACUGGGAUCAAGUGUGUCAGAACCAUGAAUGAAAGUUCUCCUCUCCAUCUGAAGUCACCAAAGUGUCCUUACUAAAGUAAACAGAAUUUUCCACUUUGUUGGGGAAAAUUGUGCACUGCUAGUUGAGAUCAUUUGUGCAACUAUUUCUUGUGGAUGAACAGGGUCUGACAUCCUUGCUCAGGGAGCCAGGGGUGCUGCUGCUGGGUCUGCCAAACACCAAGACAAGUCUGGUUUUUAAAACCAGAAUUUUUGUAUUAAGGGAGACCCCUGUAUUGGCAGGUGAACACUUCUACUGCUGGUUUUAUGGAAUUCAGGCUUUCCAAGGGAGCUGGACUGGGUCUUGUGGAGGUGGCGGGCUUUGUGGUCUUAGCCUGGGGAAGCCAGGAUAGAGCUGUGCUCAUUUGUUACACAGGAUAAUUUCCUGGCAUUUGAGUGCUUCAGAGGAAGAGAAAGAGAAGAGGUAUAGAUUGCAUGAGGGUAAAAACUCCUGGAAGGCUUGUGAGGAGAUUCUCCCCUGACAAAGCACAUGGUGUACACAAGGGCAGAAGCUUGGCCUUGUGUCCCGAGGAGGGUUCUGUAACCCUGUGGAAGGAGCAGGGAGCAAUCCAAGUCCUACAAGUUCUUAUCCUGUCAGCGGUCUCACUCUACUCAUAGCAGAAAAUAACUGGGACCGAUUUUCUUCUUAAAGCAGAGCAAAACUUAAAGGGAGCAAAACUGAACUCUUUCCAAGAGCAGCUUGUGCACAGAGCUCUCCCCUUGCUUGAGUCUGGUCUCCUGAAAACUGAGUGUAAGAAAGAAAAAGCUUUGCAGCUGUCCCAGGGCUUUGCUGGUUCUCCAGAGAACCCAUCCCCUCAGGAUACAGACCUCCCCCAAUGGCUUAGGGCCAGAUGGCCUAGGCAGGUGGACUGAGGGAACCAGGCUUUGAAAGCAACAGUCUGUCCAGGCAGUGGAGGACCUGCUUUUGCCCCUCAGGAAGUGUCUGGAUUGGGAAGGGAAGAGAGGACGUGGAGUAGUGAAUCCAGCAGUUAUAGAACUUUGGGAGUUAGUAGGAAGUCACCAGACCCCUGUGGGGGCCGGCAUGUCCAAGUGGUGCUAGAGUCAGGGCCCACUAUGGGCUUCUGCACCCCAGAAGUCAACUAUCUCCCCAGUAUGGCCUGUGUCUGCCUGAUAGGAAGAUACUCCAACACUAGGGAUCUAUAGGGUAUCUCCUGAGAGGCCUGAGGCAAGUCAUGGGCAGUCCCCUCUGCUUGAGCUUCAACUUCUGUCCCUUAAAAUGAGAACCUCUGGGCUGGAGAUGUCGCCCAGUGGUAGAGUGCUUGCUUAGCACGUGUCAGGCCCUGGGAGGGUGGAGGAAGGACCUCUCCAGCCCAGAGAGCCUAGAUUGUACGUCCAAGAAUCCUAUUCAGAUGAUUCCAAGGUAUAGCAAAUGCUAAUACUCCUGGAAAAGGUUUCCUCCUGACCCCAAUCAUAGAGCCACAUCUCACAAGUUUCACAGCUCUUCCUUGUGCCUGUGAGUGUAUACCCUCUUUCCCGACUCCUAGCCUCUGUGGGUACUUCACAGAUGUUGCUUCCAUUUCUACCUGGGGCAAAGCAGGUGCAGGGGAGGCCAGGACCUCAGGGUAGGGCCCGGCUUCCCCCAGACUGAUAGCUUUCUUGUGCCCCCUGGUUGAGGGGCACUGCUAACCCACUUGAAUAGCACCUGUGCCACAUAAGGUGGGUUGGAUCACAGAGAACUGGAAAAAUGCUCCAACUAGCUAUAGGUGCCUCUGUUGGGGGAGUAGAGGGAAGGGUUGGGAAGGGGGAGAGGAUGUGGACCAGUGAAACCAGUGGUGAAAACACUUUAGGAGUGAGUGGAAAGUCACCAUAUCUAUGUGUGGACUGGAAUGUCCAAGUGCCAGAGUCAGUGACCAUGGUGGGUGUGACAGCCCAAAAAGAUGCCUGGGACUGUCCUAGAGUCCCUGGGCAAGGCAAUAGUCUUGUCUUGGGGUGGGCUGUUCCCUACCUGGCCCUACUCCAUCUUCACACACCUCACUGUCAUGCUUGUCUGCUUCUAAAGUACCUUUUCAUCUUUCUAGGGGAGUGACUCUGGGGGCAGGUGGCAGAAGACCUUUUCAUGACCUGGAAGGUGGAGGUGGAGUUGAACUUGAGGAGCACUAGGAGGAAGGGAGGUGUCAGAAAGAUUGUCUUUUUUUAUUUUUUUUUGGUCUUUCCACAAUGUCAAAGUUUAUUGAAUAACAAUUCACAAGGUACACCAAUCAAUUUCAUCAUCUUUAAUUCACUGAAUACUCAUGGUUCACUUGGUGCCAUGACCAUGGAAAUCAUGGGUAGAUGGUUCAUUUUGAAUUUUUCAGACACUCAGCCUUUUGCACUUGGAGUCACCUAACCAUUUAUGUUGGAGCUAAGGUUUCUUCUGUUGCUGUUUGGGUCUUUGAUCUGUGCCCAGAGCACAGAGCUGCAUGAACAGCUCUCACAUACAGUGAGAACUGGAGUGAGGUUCUGGUGAAGGAAGGCCAUCUUCUUUCUCAUGAGGGCCAUCAUCCCAACCUGAAGAAUCACCUGCAUGGACAUGGACUUCAGAGAGAGAGUCUGGAAAUUGGUCUUUUAAAUCAGUGAGGUUGAGUAAGGGCUGUGAACCCUGAGUGUCAGUCAGAGAUGUGCUCUGUUCAAGAUGCGCACGGGCCCAGCUUUACCAGUGCUCGACUGCUGCCGUGCUAUGCUGAGACUUGGCAACCAGGCUUUCAGCCAGACAGAAUUUGGGUUGGUGCAUCCUGGCAGCCACAGCAAUUCUAUCAGAGCAAGACAGCAUGGGCAGUCGAGGGGUGUGAGGUCAUUGAAAAAGUUAGUCUAUUUUCAAUACUUGCUUACCAUUGCUGAAAAAGUUCAAAUUCAUGCUCAGAGUAGCAAACUCAGCCAGUGAUCUGCUUCCUCCUGCCCUUGCAGACUUCGUUCAGCAUCUGUGCAUGGUGUGCUUGCCUCUGUGUGACAAAGAAAGGACUAGUUUCUCUCACAUGCAUCCCCUUCAUUGGCAAGAGGGUUGCAGCAUCCACAGAGAGAUGAGUUUCUGCACAGGCAGGUGAGUUUGUAGGUUGAAGGUGUAAGAAGCAUAUUUUGCUCUUGACAGGUGAACUUCCUUCUCUGAUAGGAACUCUGGGUUCAGAGAGAGCUGCCUGAGAGAAGUUGAGGUGCAGAAACUUUUUUUUUUUUUCCCAAGGGAUGCUGAAAUAAGUUGUCUGGAAAAACAAGGAAAGGCUGGUGGUCAGGGGUGGUGCAGACCUUUGGGAGGAGGCUGACAGUUUUGCUUUUAUCUUUGUUUCACCACCUUUGGAGUUGGCAGACAGGAGUAGGGCAGUGGUGGCAGGAGAAGUGGCUAGGCAGGUCAUGGGCAUGCAGCUGUCUUGGCAGUUUUGUCCACACUGCACCAUUGGACCAGCAGUGGCAAUAGUCACACCUAGUUCCUGGGUCUAGAGUUGGGCAAAUGGCUUGUUCUUUCUGUAGGUCCCUGGACACUUGCCAUAACCUAGAACCACCGCUGGCCAUUUUGGGGGCUAAGAUGUGCACAUGGCUGACCCAGAGAGGACUUCUGGUAAGGCUUAUUUCUAAAAGUCAUGCUGAAUUAGAAGUAAACAUAAGUGGAUCAGAUGCACACAGGCAAAAUUCCCUUGAGGACAUUCCCUGGGACACCGGAUGGGGAGGGGCAGCCUAGACCAGUGAACUGCUUGAUGGUAGUUGGUAGUAACAGGUUUGGGGAAGCCUGACAGCUCUUGGGUGCUCAAGCCGGCUAUAGGCUGUCCUCACUGGGUUUCUCAGUGGGCCAAGUCUAAGAGGCAGUGACAAGUGUGUUGAGGACCUUUCCUUAUGGCAUUCUUUUUUUUUUAAUCCCUCAUGUUUGAAGGCUGCCAAGGCCAGAAAAUGGUGCUCUGUCCUGGGUUCCCCUUUGACUCUAGGUGAGCAGGCUGUCUCUCACCUGGAAAGGGGUGCCCUGUAAGCAGGGCUUAUUUUCUAGCAACUUAUGUUUCUGGAUCAGGGCCUGUCAGCAUCAGAGAAGGCCAGCCAUUCAGCAUUCUAUUUAGAAAAUGAUGAUCCAGUUGGGGGAGAAAGCAAGCUCAGGAUGAAACGUGUUUCCUGGCUGGGAAUUGGGCAAGUGUUCUAAGCCAGGAGCAGUGACUCUGGAGAUGAGAAUUGUUCUGGUCUUCUCCACCUAAGCACCCUUAGAGUGAUUUUAUUUUUUAUAUUUCACUGUAUAUUGUAGUGCAAAUAGCUUUUAUAUUUUCUUUGACAGAGAAUUAUAAUUGAGUCACUUUAGGUCUUUUAGCUGGAAGGUUUUUUUUUCCUCCCCAAAUGAGAAGGUAAUUUUUAAAAAAAGGAUUAACACGUCAUCUGCCCUUUCAAUAGAUGACAAUUGUAGAGUCUGAUAAGUUUGGAUUUUUUUUUGGUUUGGUUUUGUGCAUAAAGAAGCAGAUCCUUUCACUGUGAAGGUAGCUGCUCAAACUCUAGCACCUGCUUCCAGAGCAAAGCUGUCUAAGUAGGCUCUGAGCGGGCAGCAAAAUUCUGCACAUGCUGAGUGGCCUACAGCUUCAAAAGCAAAUUUAAUCAGAUUCCAAUACUGUGAUUUGAAGGAAAUGGCGAAACUUGAAGUGAUGGUAAUGCCAUCAAGGCUCAAUUACACUUCAUUCCCUCCACAGCUAAAGACAAAAUUAAUUAUUUUUAGGGCAAGUCCCUUUCAUUUUGCAGUGAUACCUACUGUUUUUCAGCUUGGCUUGGGAGAUGGGGGAGGGGGGUCUAAAAAUCCAUUUGAUGCAAACUGAAAUCUUCUUUGUUGGCAAUCUUCCAGCUCUGGUUUGGCCAGAGCAGGACUCUGAGGCUUGCAGGCUGCAGCCUGGUGUCUCCCUGCUGCCCAGCCUGGCUAUGUGGGCAGCACUCACUGGCAUCAAGAAAUGCUGUCUGUGGCUAGGCCAGCUACAGGGAAUCCUUCAAGGGCAGGUAUAAACCAUGUGUAUAUGUAUUCUCAAAUUUAAAUAGAUUGUACAUAUCAGAAUGUAAAUGACCUGUAAAACAGCACUCUAUUUUUCUUGAUUAUUACAUAGCAGUAUAUAUUUGUUAAACAUGCUCAUAUACUUGUUAUUAACCAUUUGAUAUUUUGUACAGAUAAGUUGAUUAAAUAUUUUAUUCAUAAAACUGCUCAUGACUGGUCUUUAGGGAACAGUGUUUUGUCUUUUGUUAUUCAGCCUCUCUGUGUUAGUUUAGUUCUCCUCUGCAUCUUAGGACAGCAGCCAAGCAUCUGGGCAAUAGGAAUAACUGCUUUGAAACAGGAGCAGUUACAAGGUAAGCCCGAUGCUGCUAGUUUUUAUG